AUUUUACAUAUAUACCGUGACAGCCGACUAUACAAAGAUCAUUUUGUUAACGUAGAUUGCAAUCUGCGGAAAGAUUUUCUCCUUUCGCGGAAAUGUGAAUUAGAUAUCUGCUAUUACAUUAUAGUGUUUGUGACAACUGAAGUAUUCGUUUCAUAGUGAUUCAUACAAAAUGGCUCUGUUAACGCCAUACUGGGGACUGGAUGGCAUCCUCAUCCUAUCGUCCCUAAUGAUUUCCGCUUAUCUGUUCGUGACUCGGAAAUUCAACUACUGGUCGAAACGAGGCGUGAAAGAGCUUGCACCUACGCCCUUCGUAGGCAACUUCAUGGACUGUAUUCUGUCAAGAACAUCAGCCUCGGAAUUUGUCAGGGACCUAUACAAUCACGCCAAAGAUGUACCUUAUUUGGGAUUCUACAUCUUUGACAAACCUUACCUCUUAGUUCGCGAUCCAGAACUCGUGAAGCACGUCCUAGUGAAGGACUUCAACUAUUUCGCUGAUAGAUACGCAAGUGCAGAUAGGAAAAAUGAUCGUCUUGGAUACGCAAAUGUGUUCAUGAUGAAAAAUCCAGAAUGGAAAUCUCUCAGAACAAAAUUAACGCCGAUUUUUACCUCGGGCAAGUUGAAGAAAAUGUUCGAGUUGAUGCUGGCGGUCGCUGACGAUCUUGCGAAGUAUCUCGAUUCGAUUCAUUUGGAGGGCGAUGGAAAAGUAGUCGAGUUCAAGGAUAUUUGCGCGAACUUCACUACCGAUAUGAUCGGUAGCACUGCGUUUGGCUUAAAAGUUGAUUCGUUGCAAAAUCCAAAAGCACCGUUCCGUGAAUGUGGCAGGAAGGUCUUCGAUUAUGAUUUCUAUCGCAACAUGGAAUUCCUCACUAUAUUCUUCUUCCCUGGAUUAGUCAAGUAUCUUAAACCGAAGUUCUUUGGAAAAAAACCGACUAAGUUCCUUCGAUCUCUUUUCUGGGAUGUGAUUGAACAACGAGUCGAUUCCGGUCAAAAGAGGAACGAUCUCAUCGAUGUCCUGAUCGAGAUGAGGGAGAAAUACAAGAACGAUGAAAGUCUGAAGGAUUACAAAUUCGAGGGUGACGAUUUAGUAUCACAAGCGGCCAUAUUUUUUACUGGUGGUUUCGAAACAUCUUCUACUACCAUGUCUUUCACACUGCACGAACUUGCAAUGAACCAAGAUGUACAGAAGACACUUAGAGCAGAGAUUCACAUNGCUCUGGCGAAAAGUGAUGGCAAAAUCACAUACGAUAUGCUUAUGACGUUACCAUAUCUCGAUAUGGUUAUCUCGGAAACUCUUCGUAAAUAUCCACCUCUAGCAUUCUUGGAUCGAGUCACUCUUGCCGAUUACAAAAUGCCUAAUUCCGAUCUGGUGCUAGAGAAAGGUACCCCGAUAUUCAUUUCGAUGAUGGGUUCGCACUAUGAUCCGCAGUACUUCCCAAAUCCGGAAAAAUACGAUCCACUCAGAUUCACCGAGGAAGCCAAAAGUUCUAGGCCAAAUUUCGUCUACUUUCCCUUUGGUGAGGGACCCCACAUCUGCAUUGGUAUGCGAUUGGGACUCAUGCAAUCCAAACUUGGAGUCGUACAAGUAUUGAAGGACUACGAAGUUUCGCCUUGUAAAAAAACCAAAACUCCAGUGGUCCUGGAUCCCAAAGCACUCACCACGACAGCUUUAGGAGGAUUAUAUCUCAACAUUCGAAAAAUUACCACUGCUGCCGGUUAAACGAAGCUAAAGCUUUACGAAUCGCGUUAUGAAUUCCAAUUUUCUGCUUUGCUUGUGAUAAUUUAUAUAUAUUUUACUAUUGGCGAAGCACAACGAAUGUCAUAGCAAUUUCUUUCUCGGGAGAAAUGAAUAUUUAGAUAUCAAAUAUAUUUUAAAAUCGUAAUCCUAAGUACUUGAAAAUUGUGAUUUCAAGUAUGUGAAAAUAACGAAACUGAUUUAGUAUUAAAUAAUAUUAAAUAAUACAAAAUCUUGUUUCUGUAGAUCUUUUGUAUCGUGAUGUAUCGGAAGGAAGCAUAUUGCAUGCAGAGGAAAUAGAGUUCUCUUUCACUUACGUUGUCACGUACAUGUAUUUGUUUAAUUCAGUUAUUUUCACUUACAAACCAAAAUAAUCCCGUAGGCCGCCACGUGACCAGUGCAUAAUCACUAAUUAAUUUACAAUAAGACGUCGAAUAACUUUGUAAUUAAAAAUUUCCAUAAUUUCUAUUACAAUUUAAAAUUUCUGAUCAUAGUUGAUUAUACAAUUAUCAGUUGACCUAUAAUUUUAAAAUUUAUUCGCAAAAUAUGACUGAUUUGAUUAUUACACUGUAUAUCAUGAUGCAGCAGAAUAAUACUGAAUCAUUGCAGCUUGCACUUUAUAACAUUUUAGUGACAACGCUUCUUCAAUUGUCCAUAAAGUCGUUGCUUAUAAUAAAGGGUAUAGUGCAUGUUUAGGAUAUGCACUUUAGGUAGCUUUACUCUAGGUUACGCUGCGAAAUGAUAAGAAAUAUCUGCGUGUAAUUAUAGCUUACUGACACAUUUACAACUCAAACCUUUGUCACGAAAGAUAGCUUUUUGCUUUAGAGCGACGGUGUGAAAAGACCGGUUUGUACCAUCUGUAAUUAAAUAUAUAAGACAAAAUUAAACAUUACCGGUCAUACGCUGAGAUAAGUUAGAAUUACAGAGGAUGACUGGUAAAUUUGAAAACGGAAUGCAAUCUAACAGAAGUCUAUCUCCUUUGCCUACGACUAGUUGAGAAGAAACUGAUUGAAUGUGAAAAAAUAUUUAAUAACACACUGCACGGCAUUAUUUACUAGACAUAUUAAUUAGGUACAGUUCACUAUAAUCUACUAUCAGAUCAAUUGAUAUAAUUUGUGAUUAUUAGUCAAAUGGAAUUCCACUGUGGCAUAUAUUACCGAAUAAAUGACUGUUACCAAGUUAA